AUGGUGUCCCCGAUGGAAUCAACUUUUUUCUCUAUUAGUAAUAAGCCUUCUUCGGAUACUCAUUUAAAUGUUUCCCUCGGUGAUCCUAGUCUUUCUCAUUGUAAUAGCGAGCGAGGAAAGCGUUUGCACUUAGCACAGAUAAAUGCGAGAUCACUUCUUCCUAAAAUAAGUGUAAUUACAGACAUCAUCCAUCUGUAUAACAUCGAUAUUCUUGUGAUCUCAGAAACUUGGCUACGUCCAGAUGUCCCCGACUCUGCGAUAUUAAUUAAGGAUUUUAAUCUAGAACGGGCUGAUCGUAAAAGCCACAAGGUGACGAGAGGUGGUGGGGUCGCGAUUUAUAUUAAAGAUGAUCUUAGCUACGAGUCUGUAUAUAAUAACCAGACCCCAUUUUUAACUGAUGUACCCGAUGACAUCCCAGUGGACCUAUGCUUAGUUAUACUUAAAUUUAAGAAAACAGGUCUCGCAAUUAUAGGAGUUUAUAGAAGUCCAAAUGUGGCGCUAUCUUGGGAAAGUGAUUUGGAAGAGGCCUUGACUCAUGCCAUCUGUGAAUCAAAUCACAUGGUUUGCCUGGGAGAUUUUAAUAUCAAUGCGGCGGACAUCUCACACACAUGCUGGCCUAGGUUACUUCACAUAUCACGCUCUCUAUCGCUCAGGCAGGUUAUCAAAGAACCGACCCGCUCGGACUCGAUUUUAGACCUUAUCUUUGUAAGCGACGAUCUCCUCCUUUUAGAUUCGGGAGUGGCCAAGCUAUCAAGAGAAUUCGACCAUGACUUGAUUUUCUGCGACAUAAACCUAGAUCUAUCUACGAGACCGAGUGUAUACCGCGUAGGUAGGGACUUUAAGCGAGUAGAUCAAACAGCAUUCAACGAGGCAGCUAGUCAGGCGGACUGGGCCAGUAUAUUAAACCUCUCUUCAUUAGACGAGAAGGUGGACCGAUUUUCUCAAAUAACGUUAAACCUUAUUAACAGGUUCUGCCCGCUACGUCGCUUUAGAAUAGCUAGACCCAGGCCGCCUUGGUUCUCCGACAAUGUAAAGAUAAUUGCUCGGGCCAGGGACAUAGCUCGUUCAAAAUGGCGCACUUCAAAAACUGUCAUUGAUAGAGAUAAAUAUGUGCUUCUCCGUAACUUCGCAACUAGCUCCCUCCGGUGCGAAAAAAGCGUGUAUCUGUCUAGCCUCUCAGAUAGGCCUUCUUCUAAACACAUGUGGGAAAAGGUAAACCUGGCAAGUGUCUGGUCAGGACAAAGACAGUUUUCUUGGGGUGAUCUUCCUAUGGACCCCACUAGCAAUAAUGACUUCUUUAUAGAUACCAUACCAUCAGCAGUAGCCUCAGAGACACUAAUCCGCGACCUUCAGUCAUCCGCUAGCAACAUUUCACCUAACUCCCAGAAUACUUUCGUGUUCAAGGAAAUUGACCUUAGUUAUUUGUGUCACGCUAUGAAAUCAUUCACUUCGACAGCUACGGCAUCGGAUGGCAUUAAUACUUCUUCAGUUUAUCUUUGUGUACCCUCAUGCCUUCCUGCAUUAUUAAAUAUCACGAAUACCUCGUUAAGGCAGGCAAAGUUUCCCUCGGCAUAG